AUGGCCGAACAGAAAGAGAGUACUGUCUACGCCAGCUCCAAGUCAUCCUCCGACAUUGAUAGAGCCACGAUGGUACAAUCCAACCCGGAUGUCGAAAAGCAAGCUGCACAACAAUCGACCAACGAUACAACGGACCCAAACAUUGUAUCUUGGGAUGGCGAGGAUGAUCCUCAGAACCCGAUGAACUGGACCUCUAAGGCCAAGAUUAUUAACUGCGGUGCUAUCAUCUUCCUUACUCUGUUGACACCAUUGGCCUCAUCUAUGUUCGCCCCUGGUGUCCCGGCCGUCCUCGCCGAAUUCAAGGAGAGAUCCAUCACACUGGCUGCCUUCGUCGUCUCAGUGUACUUGCUUGGAUUUGCCGUUGGUCCGCUGCUCAUCUCCCCGUUGAGCGAGAUAUACGGAAGACGUCCGCUUUAUAUUGGGUGCAAUGUGGGCUUCAUUGUCUUUACCGUGGCGUGUGCGGUCGCGUCUUCGAUGCCCCAGCUCAUCGUUUUCCGGUUCCUGGCUGGCUGCUUUGGAGUCUGUCCUGUGACGCUUGGUGGUGCUUCAAUUGCGGAUAUGAUUCCUCAAGAAAAGAGAGGUGCUGCUAUGGCUUUGUAUGCGAUGGGGAUGGCGAUGGNNGUCUUCUGGCUCAUCACCAUUGCGUACGGUGUCGCCACCAUCAUCCACUUUUUCGUCUGCAAAGAAACCUUUGCGCCGGUUCUCCUUCAAUCAAAGACCACAAAGCUGCAAAAGGAAACAAACAAUACUGAGCUUCGCUCAAAGCUGGACAGUGGUCUCUCGGGCCGUGAACGCAUGUCUCGCGCCCUCGUCCGACCUUUCAAGCUACUCUUCCUCUCGCCCAUUGUUGCGUUGAUGUCCUUUUAUGUCGCGGUAANNGUGGUCUACGGUAUCCUCUACCUCCUCUUUACAACCUUCACCUUUGUCUUUGAAGAACACUACCAUUUUUCCUCCUCCAACGUCGGACUAUCCUACAUUGCUUCCGGCGUCGGCAUGUUUGUUGGCCUUAUCCUGACUGGCGCUUCUUCCGACCGUAUCCUCAAGAAACUAACUGCCGCCAAUAAUGGCGUUUCCAAGCCUGAAUUCAGACUUCCCCCUCUUAUUGUGUUGGGGGUGUUUAUGCCCAUUGGUUUGUUUAUCUAUGGCUGGACUGCGCAGAAUCAUGUCCAAUGGGCUGUUCCUAUGUUGGGCACGCUGUUCUUUGGUGUUGGUUUGAUCAGCUGUCUUAUUUGUAUUCAGACUUACUUGGUGGAUACGUUUACUUUGCAUGCGGCGAGUGCAAUGGCUGCCAACACUUUACUGCGCUCGAUAUUGGGAGGUCUGUUGCCGCUGGCAGGGCUGGAUAUGUAUGAUGCUCUGGGCUUGGGUUGGGGCAACUCGCUGAUUGGAUUUGUGGCUUUGGCUAUGUUGCCUAUUCCUGUGGCCUUUUACUUUUAUGGCGAGAGGAUUAGGCAGAGGUUUCCUGUUAAGCUUUAG